AUGGUUCUCAAGACACCAAAGGCGUUCGCCGUCUGCUCGAGCAACAACGUCCUGAGCCUCUUCGCCGUCCCCGCACACCACACAUCGAUAACGUCACCACCACCACCACCACCCAGACGACGUCCGUCCUCCACCACCUCAUCCGUCGCAGCCCGCUCACGACGAACGACCUCACGAUGCUACGCGACCGUGAACAGCGCCGACACAAACCCCAAUUCCAAAUCCGAAAAUGAAUCCUCAAAACAUCGGCGGCAGCAAACACGACCACAACCGCCGCCCCCCUGGCCGACCUGCGCGCACCCCACCCCCUACGACAUCUUCGACAUCGACAAGGCCGCCCCCUACGCCAAAUCCCGCUUCGCCGAGCUCGUGAAGCAGUACCACCCUGACAAGCACCACGCCUCGGCCCUCGACUCGCUGGCCCCGCACACUCGCCUCGAGCGCUACCGCCUCAUCGUCCUGGCCAACGAGAUCCUCAGCUCCCCCGACAAACGCCGCGUCUACGACUCCUGCGGCGCCGGCUGGCACAUCCCCGGCGCCUUCGACGGCGGCCCCGCCGACCCCCGUGAUAUCCACGACCUCUACCGCCGCGCCGACAAGGCCUGGCGCCACGCCGCCGACAACCCGGCCAUGAACGCCACCUGGGAGGACUGGGAGCGCUGGCACGACCGCCGCGCCAACGGCGAGCGUCAGAGGCCCCUGUACAUGUCCAACGCCACCUUCGCCGCCCUCGUCCUCGCCGCCCUCGCCGUCGGCACCGUCGUGCAGACGGCCCGCAUGGACAACUCGUCGGCCUACAUCCUCGAGAAGAAGCACGCCCACGAGGCCAGCAUCAGCGAGGCCCUGCGCCGCCAGGGCGCCGCAACGGCCGGGAAGGGCAGGGAAGAGCGCAUCGAGCAGUUUUUGAGGGAGAGGGAGAACGUGAACUUUGGUUUCAUGCCGAGCAAGCUCGAGGUCCGGCCAUCGGCGCCGAACCCUAAAUAG